AUGUCUAAAGAAGUUAAAAGUAUGGAGACAACUACGACUAAAACCAAACUUUCAGAAUUACAAUCACCUGCAAAAGAUGCGAUUUCCAAAAGGCAAAGAAUUACCCAAAUGCAGGAACAACAGAAAACAGGCAUUAAAGCUAAACCUGAUCAGCCUUUAAAUAUGGAAGACAUCAAAAGAGCUUUGCUGCCUAUUCAAGAAGCACUGAAAGAACUGACUUAUCAAAUACGGUCAUUUGGAAGAUACAAAAUUCCUCCAGAGAAGUUAUUACAGCUAUUUAAAGCAGAUGAAGUUCCAAAGGAUAUUGUGACGGGAAUAAAUAUCAGGAAGCAGAAGGAUCAUUUUGAAGACAACUUCAACAGUAUGAAGAGUACAGAAUGCAAUGUGAAUUGCAGACAACAGCCAACACUUGUGAGAUCGCAGUUACAUGACCCUAAAAGGAACCUCCAGCAGAGGUCUCAGCCUGAAAAGGACAUUGACGAGGUUUAUGUCACUCAUGUACCAUGGCUUCCAUCAGAGCAUCACUGCCACCAAACCCCUGAAAGUGACAAUGGAACACCUGUGACACAUCACCAGACAGAGCAUCUACCACCACAUUCUCAGACAGUGAAGGUGCAUGAUGAGCUUUCUCUUACUCCUACUCCAAGACUUCACUCGGGACAUGGCUGCAGCAGGAGCUCUGAACGUGACACAACUAAGAGAUUUCACACAAAAAAAGAAACGCACAAAUGUGCUGAAUGCAAUAAGUCUUUCACAUGUGCCAGUGGCCUAAAAAAGCAUCAAGUCAUUCACACAGGAUUAAAACCACACAAGUGUGCUGAAUGCAAUAAGUCUUUCGCAUAUGCCAGUGACCUAAAAAGUCAUCAAGUCAUUCACACAGGAUUAAAACCGCACAAGUGUGCUGAAUGCAAUAAAUCUUUCCCAUAUGCCAGUGGCCUAAAAACUCAUCAAAUCAUUCACACAGGAUUUAAACCACACAAGUGUGCCGAAUGCAAUAAGUCUUUCCCAUAUCCCAGUGGCCUAAAAAGGCAUCAAGUCAUUCACACAGGACUGAAACCAUAUAAAUGUACUGAAUGCAGUAAGUGUUUCACAGAUGUAGGAAAUCUUCGAAAGCAUUAUGCCAUUCACACAGGACUGAAACCAUAUAAAUGUACUGAAUGCACUAAGUGUUUCCCACAGCUAAGUGAUCUUCAGGCCCAUCAUGCCAUUCACACAGGCAUUAAACCACAUAAAUGUACCGAAUGUGGUAAGUCUUUUGCAUGGGCCUGUAGCCUAAAAAGGCAUAAAGUCAUUCACACAGGACCGAAACCAUAUCAGUGUUCCGAAUGCAGUACGUGUUUCAGUGAACUCAGCAAUCUUCAACGGCAUUAUGCCAUUCACACAGAAUUCAAGCGAUAUGAAUGUACCAAAUUCGCUGUUUUUUUACUACUGUGA